UCUAAGGUCUUAGUCUCUGUCUAAGACACUCUGUCUCUGACCUAUAACUUCUGGGUCUCUCGCAGCCUCCUUAACCCUCACUUUCUCUCUACAUCUGCCGGAAUCCGACCCCCAGCCCUCAGAAUGUUCCUCCUGCUGACAGCACUUCAGAUCUUGGCUGUAGCCAUGGCACAGAACCAAGGGGACAAGAUAAUUGGUGGUUCCAGAUGCAUCCGGAACUCCCAACCAUGGCAGGCGGUCCUGCUGGCAGGUCCCCACCGUAGUUUUCUCUGUGGAGGGUCCCUGCUGUCUGACGAAUGGGUCAUCACUGCUGCUCACUGCGCCCGUCCGAACCUGCGAGUUGCCCUGGGAAAGCACAACCUGAGGAUUUGGGAGGUAACACAGCAGGUGCUGCGUGUGGUCCGCCAGGUGCCACACCCCCAGUACAACCCCUGGACCAUCGCAAACGACCUGAUGCUGCUGCAGCUGGAGCGGCCCGCUCGGCUGCGGAGGGCAGUGAGGCCCAUCGCCGUGGCCAGCUCCUGUGCCAGCGCAGGGACUCCCUGCCUUGUGUCGGGCUGGGGCACAACAUCCAGUCCCAACGCCAGGUUCCCCAAGUUUCUGCAAUGCGUGAACAUCAACAUCUCCUCGGAUCGGGAUUGUCAGUGGGCCUAUCCUGGAGCCAUCACCGCUGGCAUGGUCUGCGCAGGGGUCCCCCAAGGUGGGAAGAACUCUUGUCAGGGUGACUCCGGGGGACCCCUGGUGUGCAGAGGAGAGCUCCAGGGCCUCGUGUCCUGGGGGAUGGAGAACUGUGCCCAGCCUGAUUACCCCAGCGUCUAUACCAACCUGUGCAAGUACCAAACCUGGAUCCAGGAGACCAUACAGAGCAGAUCUUAGCUGGUGUUGCAGAAUAUCACCUGCCCACAUGCUCCCCAAGACCCUGCUCUUCUUUCCCAGAGCAGUUCCUUCAGGGGUUCUCUCUGCACCCCACCACAUCCCCGUCAUUAUUCAAGGUGCCCCUGAGACACACAGAGCAGGAGUGUGAAGGCAAAGGCGCUGCACUGGCACCAUAUUCCGAAGAAGACAAUUUUCAAAACUCUUGGUGUCUGUAAAAACCAGGGAAAUACUACUAAUAAAACUUUAACAAUCCUAAA